UGUGAAAUGUAGUCUGCUAGCAAAGUGAAACUUAUAUCUACACUGAAGAGAAUAAGUUGUCAUAAUGUUCACUCUCCGUUACCACAGCCUGUGUCUGCUGCUGUUGCUGCCUCUGGUAUGUUCUCGGGUACUACGCUGGGUACACUCCCCUGGUUAUCCCCUAGCAUACCCAAACCACCUCAGCAUGAACUGGUCUGAGUGUGCUCCAGCGGGGCUCUCAGUGUCUGUGACCCUCAUGCAUCUGGACCUGGAGAACAGCACACUGUGUGAACAUGACGCUCUCAUGUAUGUCAUUUGAGGAGAUGCAGUCGUCUGUCAAUCCCCAUUUACACUCCACAUCUGGAGGCUGUUUGUCCAUUCACUUCCAUUCAGAUGGCUCUCUCCCACAGGUCCACGCUGGCUUCAAUGCCCUCUACCAAACACGAGGUAAUACAAAGAAGGAAUCAGUGAGCACUCAGGUAUUUAAUAAUGUAGACUGGUGCAGAACUGGAGGAUUUUUAAGAAAAUAUGUAUACACUAUAUGGAC